CACCAGGGGACCAGCCAAGAGAGAGAGAAGCAACUUCAGAGACCCCUGGAAAUAACCUCUCAGAGGACACACCCCCCGGACAAACAACCAGGCGAUUUUCUCCCUCUAACACACGCCCCAGGGCUCCACCAUCUCCCAGCUGAAUUUGAGCCCCUCUGGAAAGGACACCAUGAGCACUGAAAGCAUGAUCCGCGAUGUGGAGCUGGCCGAGGAGGAGCUUGCCAGGAAGGCAGGGGGCCCCCAGAGCUCCAGACGGUGUUUGUGCCUCAGCCUCUUUUCCUUCCUCCUCGUCGCAGGAGCCACCACGCUCUUCUGCCUGCUGCACUUCGGGGUGAUCGGCCCCCAGAGGGAAGAGUUACCAAAUGGCUUCCCGUUUAACAACCCUCUGGCCCAGACACUCAGAUCAUCUUCUCGAAACCCAAGUGACAAGCCUGUAGCCCAUGUUGUAGCAAACCCCCAAGCCGAAGGGCAGCUCCAGUGGCUGAGCGGGCGUGCCAAUGCCCUCCUGGCCAAUGGCGUGGAGCUGACAGACAACCAGCUGGUGGUGCCAGUGGACGGGCUGUACCUUAUCUACUCCCAGGUCCUCUUCAGAGGCCAAGGCUGCUCUUCCACCCAUGUGCUCCUCACCCACACCAUCAGCCGCUUCGCCGUCUCCUACCAGACCAAGGUCAACCUCCUCUCUGCCAUCAAGAGCCCUUGCCAGACGGAGACCCCAGAAGGGGCUGAGGCCAAGCCCUGGUAUGAGCCCAUCUACCUGGGAGGAGUCUUCAAGCUGGAGAAGGGUGAUCGACUCAGCGCCGAGAUCAAUCUGCCCGACUAUCUGGACUUUGCUGAGUCUGGGCAGGUCUACUUUGGGAUCAUUGCCCUGUGAGGGGGCAGGACAUCUGUCCUCGCCCACCUCAAUUCCUUUAUUAUCCACUCCUUCAGACCCCCUCAUCCCCUUCUGGUUUAGAAAGGGAAUUAGGGGCUCAGGGCCAGGCCCCAAGCUUAGAACUUGAAACAACAACACUUAGAAACGUAGAAUGCAGGGAUGUGUGACCUGGAAAAUGGGGCACUGGCCACCACCAAGAAUUCAAACUGGGGCUUCCAGAGCUCACUGGGGGGCUCAGGUUUGGAUCCCUUAAUACAACCUGGGACAUCUGGAAUGUGGGGCCCAGGGAAACUUUGGUUCUGGCCAGAACACUUCAGAACAUCCCUUGAGAUCUCACCUAGAACUUGACAAGAGUGGACCUCAGGCCUCCCUUUUUUCAAAUCUUUCCAGACUCUUCCCUGAGAUGUAGAGCCCAGGCCCUCCCCCACGGGGCAGUCUCCCUCUAUUUAUGUUUGCACUUGUGAUUAUUUAUUAUUUAUUUAUUAUUUAUUUAUUUACUAAUGAAUGUAUUUAUUCAGGAGGUGGAAGUUUCCUGGGAGACCCAACAUAGGGGCUGCCUUGGCUCAGACAUGUUUUCUGUGAAAACGGAGCUGAACUAUAGGCUGUUCCCACCUGGCCUCCUGGCCUCUGUGCCUCCUUUUGCUUAUGUUUUUAAAUAAUAUUAUCUGAUCAAGUUGUCUAAAUAAUGCUGAUUUGGUGACCGACUGUCGCUACAUCGAGGAACCUCUGCUCCCCAGGGGAGUUGUAUCUGUAACCGCCCUACUGGUCAGUGGCGAGAAAUAAAGUAUGCUUAGAAAAGAAA